UUUGCGUCAGUCAUUCACUCGAACCACUCAGUCCACUUUCACUUUGAUUUCUUGUGAUACCCAUCCAGUUUAUACACACAACCGUCAUCAUGCGCUUCACUCUCGCUUCCAUUGUUGCCUUUGUCGCAUCUGCUGCUGCCGUCUCUGUCACUUCUCCCACCAAGAAUGAAGAUGUUGACCUCAGCAAUGGUGUCACCAUCAAAUGGAGCUCUGUCAGCUCCGAUCCCUCUUCCUUCUCCAUUUACCUGGUCAACAUGAACAGCUACCCCAAUGUCGACAAGCUGAUUGCCGACGACGUCAAGACCUCUGAUGGCUCUUAUACUAUCGACAGCCUGUCUGGCAUCGACAACGGCUCCGGUUUCCAGAUCAACCUCAUCUCCAAGGACCCCAAGAACUCCGGCAUCCUGGCUCAGUCGCAGCAGUUCAAUGUCGAGUCUUCCAGCUCCUCGAGCUCCACUACCACCGCUGCCUCUAGCACUAGCACUGCCACCUCCGCCUCCGCCAGCGCCUCCUCCUCUAUCAACGCAUCCUCUUCCGGCUCGGCCUCUGCCUCUGCCACCCCUACUACUGUUGACAACGGUGCUGGCGCUCUCGCUGUCCCCGCCGCUGCUGGCUCCCUCCUCAUGGGCCUCUUCGCCCUGGUUCUGUAAAUGACCAAACCGGAUACCCACGACAACCAACAACCUCACUUCAAUUCUUUUAGUCGCCUUGUUCGAUGCACGUCGGUUCUCAAGAGCUGCAUGAUC